AUGGGUUUGGCAGCGCCUCGCAAGCGAACAAAGAUAUCGCAUGACCCGAACAACGUAAAUUGGACCCGGUCAACGAGUGGUUUCGGGCAUAAAAUUCUCAGUUCCCAAGGAUGGACUCCAGGGAGUCUUUUAGGCGCUCGGAAUGCUGCGCAUGCUGAUAUGCUCACCCCUGCUAGCGCAUCUCACAUUAGAGUCACCGUGAAAGAUGACACUCUCGGGUUAGGCGCGCGACCUAAGAUUUUGGAUGAGCCAACUGGCCUCGAUGCAUUCAAAGGACUACUGGGCCGAUUAAAUGGAAAGUCAGACGUCGAACUGGAGAAAGAGCAACGGAAACGUGACGACAUUAAACUGGCCCGAUAUGCAGCAACGAAAUGGCAAGCCGUUAGGUUCGUUCGUGGCGGUCUAUUAGUCCAAGAGAAAACCGACGCUGCUACCACCAAGUCACCUGAAAACAAAUCCACGGAUGAGAAAGGCAACAGAACAAGCAAUGAUGUCGCUAUUGAUGGUUUAGACACCAGUCUCUCGCAAAAUGUCACAUUUCCGAGCAGGGAUUUGAAGAAUAAAGAUCAGGAGAAAAAGGAGAAGAGAAAGGAGAAGAAUGAGAAGAAAGAGAAAAAAGAUAAGAAAAAGAAGAAGAGGAAAGAGAACUCCCAAGGGGACGAGAACGACAAGUCGCAAAGAAAACGGGAUAAGAGAGCUAAGAAGAGGAAGCACAGCGAGGAUAGCGAAGAUCUUGAUUCAAGAACAACAACCGAGGACGCUGUCAUGACGGAAGCGAAUGUUGCUGCGGAGACAUCAUCAGUGGUUGUACCGACUUCAGCGUCAAGGAAAGAGCGCGUUCCAUUGGGCAGGAAUGUUACCAGGGCGAGACAUAUCGCACAGAAAAAGAGGGCACUUUUGGAUGACAAAUCCCUUAAUGAGAUUUUUAUGGUUAAAUCCUAG